AGACCAUCCAGUCCCGAGUGUGUCUCUGUCUUCACCCCCCUCUUUCUCUCCAUCUCUGCUUCUGCUUUUUUCCUCUCUUAAGCUGCUCACCUCAUCUGCUGACCUUCAUCUUGCAUGCUCCUCAGCUUCCUUCUCCUCAAGAACAAGUCUAAAAAAUCUCCAAAUCUCCUGCUUUCCUCCUUUCGAAAUUUGCUGAAAGAUAUUAACACAAAAAGAAACACAUCUCCAGUUGUUGAUAGUACAGCCGUGCGAGAGAGAAACCAUGCCACAGCAGAUGUUUCUUCUGUCGGUGGUGUCCAUGUGGCUUUUGGCUGAGUACUUCCUAGCUGAAGCAACAUACUACAACCACCCCCUGUACAACCGCCAUUUGUACAAUUACCGCCACCGCAUAUUCAACCACCAUGCCAGCAUGGACAAUCUACUGCCCCCAGAAGUACCAGCCGAGGUGGAGGUACCGAAACCUCGAACCUUUCACGGGAUCAUGUUCGAUGCUGGCAGCUCUGGCACCCGCAUCCACAUCUACAAGUUCAUUCAGAAGGACCCAGCUGGGCUGCCGGUGCUCGACAAUGAAAUGUAUAAUGCAGUGAAGCCUGGACUAUCAGCAUAUGGAGAAAAUCCUGAACAGGGUGGAGAGACCAUCAGACAGCUACUGAAAGUGGCUAAAAAGACAAUCCCCAAGGAGGAAUGGUGGCAGACCCCCGUCUUAUUGAAAGCUACCGCCGGCCUGCGGCUGAUGCCCAAAGAGAAGGCUCAGACUCUGUUGGAGGAGGUGAAACAAGUAUUUGAUGAGUCUCCUUUCUAUGUGCCAGCCAACAGUGUCAGCAUCAUGAAUGGCACAAACGAAGGAAUGCUGGCCUGGGUUACAGUGAAUUUCCUGACAGGUCACUUGUAUGCCAAUACCAGAAAAACUGUAGGAAUCUUGGAUCUGGGUGGAGGUUCAACCCAAAUCACAUUUCUUCCAAAGUCAAAGAGAACAGUGCAGAAUGCUCCUCAUGAUUACAUUGCACAUAUGGACAUGUUCAACACCACUUACGAGCUUUACACCCACAGUUACCUUGGGAAUGGACUUUUUGCAUCCCGACUGGCGACUCUUGGCGCACUUGGAGCAGAUGGUCUUGACUACAAGGUUUUCACAAGUUCCUGCCUACCUAAGAAGUUCAGAGAAGAUUGGACCUUUGGUGGAAUCACCUACAAAGUCAGUGGAAUCCCAGAUGGCUAUGCAGGAUAUAAACUGUGCUACCAUGAAAUGAUGCGUGUGGUGAAAGGGAUCAUACACCAGCCCUAUGAAGUCAAGGGAAACAGUGUCUUCUAUGCCUUCUCCUAUUACUACGACAGAGCUGUGGAGUCUGGCCUUAUCGAUGGCUCCAGAGGUGGUGCAGUGGAGGUCAGAGAUUUCAAGAAGAGAGCCAAAGAAGUUUGCAACAAGAUGACUAAAUACCGUGCCAUCAGCCCUUUCUUGUGCAUGGACAUGACCUACAUCACUGUCCUUCUGAAAGAGGGAUUUGGCUUCAAGGACAACACGGUUCUGCAGCUUGCUAAAAAGGUGAACAAUGUUGAAACAAGCUGGGCUUUAGGAGCCACUUUCGAUUACUUUCACAACCUGAACAUUCACUAAAGCCUGCAGACUUUUUGGUGCCACUGGGUGGGUAAACACAGGGUCAGAGUGAGGAACCUCGCCUACGCCUCACACUCCUCACCGACUUUCAAGCAGCCCUGCACUGUAGCCACGCUCUUCUCCCUUCCUGCCAGUCAAACAGUCGGAGUUCUUUCCGCAACCAAAUGACCUGUAUUUCUGUAAGAAUGGCCAGGCCAACCUCAUAUUCCUACUGUAUGCUUAACCCAGGAUUAGUAUAUUUUUGUAACUUGGGCGUUUACAUUUUUUUUCCUGCUUUCGUCUCACCUGAGGCGCUGCCUGUCUAUUUUGGCAGUCUUUGAGUUUGUGAUGGGUAGUGAGAUUUAAUACAACCAUUCACAGCUUUUUAAGGACCUUGCCUUGUGCUGUGUGCAGAAAUUUUAUGUGGUAGGGUGUCGGGGGAAAUAUUUUAUUAUGGAAAUGAAUUGGAAUCCCUAGUAAAAACAGUUUUUACCGUUUCUGUUGGUAAUUGGCAAUCAUGCGUUUUACACACAAAUUCUAAACAUACUUUACCUUCUCAAUUUAUUUUAAGCAGCUGUUAAUGCUUGUGAUUAUUGGUGGAAAACAGGUGGAGAUGGAUUCAGGAGUCAAUCACUGAAUUGGGGUCAGGUGCAUGAAUGCUGUUGUAUGAAUUUAUGUACGUGUGUAUUUAUGUAUGUCUGUUUGUACGUUGAGAAGCUUUACCGUUAAUGUCGGAAUGGAACGUCUAGUGCUUCGACAGAUAUUUUGGACAUACCUACAAACUCAAGAUUGUCAAAUUGUGAAAGCAUUUCUGAUUUGUCUACUCGCACGAACUCAGGUUUCUACCUAAAUUACCCAGUCUAUCCGUCUAGUGAUGUUAGAACACUGUUUGCAUUAGCCACAUUACAGGUACCCUGGCAUAGAACAUUAACAUCUCUGUGGGAACGUGUAAAAAAAAAAAAAAAAAAAAACAACCUAACAAAAAUCAACAAAAGGCUUCUGGCUCAAUGCACUUAAUAUGCAAAGUAUCAUUUGUGAAUUAUUGUAUAAAUAUUUAUUACAUUUAUAUAUUGUUACCUAAAUGCACAACAGUGCAUAUUCAACAUUGUUACUUUAUUUGUAUGUAUUCUAUUCAUACUUUAACAUGCCUAUAUGUAUAUACACAUUACCCAUGAUUGUAUAGAUCAACUAUUAAUCAAUAAGAUUUUUAUUCAUCUUACAGAAAUAACUGAUGUGAUCAUGUGCACAAGUUCUAUGAAAAAUGUUUUAGCCUUAUAGAAAAAUGAUUAGCCUUAUACUCACUGACAAACACAGCAGAUGCUAUAAAUAUGCUUCAACCUGUUUCAGUCAUUGUUGAUUAUGUACCAUGUGAAUAAAAAAGAAAGA